GGUACCUGAACUAUUUGUUGGGGUGGGUGGGUGGCCUUGUUGAGCCAUAGGGCUUCUGUCACCCAUGCCAUACACUUAUCCCAGGCUUGGAAUUACAGUGACCAGCAAUUAUAGUGACCUUUCUCUGCGCAGAGGGGGACCUGGGACAGCAGAAGAGCCUCCUGAGAAAGUCGGGGCUCAGGAAUGGGGCGGGAAGGACAUACACACUUCCCCAGAAGACAAGACUCUCCUCCCCUUAACCAUUACCCAGCUGCUUCUAAGGCAGUGUCUUGAAGGAGGCGGGACGUGGGGGCGGGGGUAGGUGGGAGGAUCAGCUGGUUUCGAUGGACCUUGUCCUUACACUGAGCGCUGGGUCGCAGAUCCAGCCAUGGAGGCAGCUGCAGAUCUUCAGGACACAGCCUCUUUGGCCCUGAAGUUUGAGUUUAACCCAAAGCUGGGCAUUGAUAAUCCUGUCCUCUCCCUGGCUGAAGACUACGACCCUUCUGAUAUCUGGAGCCUGGAACGGCCUCGCUUCUACCUGCUGAAUAAAGAGGAGGGCAGGACUUUUGGCUUCCACCUGCAGCAGCAGCCGGGCAGGGCUGGGCAUGUGGUGUGCAGGGUGGAGCCAGGCUCUUCCGCCCAGCGCCAGGGUCUUCGAGAAGGAGACUGGAUCCUGGGGGUGAACAACCACGCUGUGGAACAUGAAGAUUAUUGGAUGGUGAUACGCCGGAUCCGGGCCAGCGGGCCUCGGGUGCUGCUGACAGUUUUGGCGCAGCAUGUGCACGAGGUGGCCCGAGCUCAGCGGGGGAACAACACCCACCUUUGUCCCCCUCUCGGCCAGGGGGUCCGGCCUCGGCUGUGCCACGUAGUGAAAGACGAGGGCGGCUUUGGCUUCAGUGUCACCCAAGGACAUCGGGGUCCUUUCUGGAUAGUGCUGAGCCCUGGAGGAGCAGCUGAGCGGGCAGGAGUGCCCCCUGGGGCCCGGCUGCUAGAAGUGAAUGGGGUCAGUGUGGAAAAGCUCACACAUAACCAACUCAACAGGAAGCUUUGGCAGAGUGGCAAGCAGGUGACCCUGCUGGUGGCAGGGCCAGAGGUGGAGGAACAGUGUCGCCAGCUGGGAAUGCCCCUGGCUGCACCUCUGGCAGAGGGCUGGGCACUGCCCACCAAGCCCCGCUGUCUGCAUCUCGAGAAAGGGCCCCAGGGCUUCGGGUUCGUGCUCCGGGAGGAGAAGGGCCUUGAUGGUCGCCUCGGUCAGUUCCUAUGGGAGGUGGACCCAGGACUGCCAGCGGAGAAGGCCGGGAUGCAGGCUGGGGACCGGCUGGUGGCUGUGGCUGGGGAGAGCGUGGAGGGGCUGGGCCACGAGGAGACAGUGUCCAAGAUCCGGGCGCAGGGCUCCCGUGUCUCCCUCAUUGUCGUCGACCCCAAGGCUGACCGCUUCUUCAGCAUGGUUCGCUUGUCUCCGCUCCUCUUCUUGGAGAGCACAGAGGCUCCUGACUCUCCCCAGGGUAGUGGCUUAGCCUCUGUGGUUGAGACCAAAAACCCACUCGUCAAAGAUGCAACAGUGGCCCCUGUCCCAUGCAACUUCCGCCAGUGCUUCCUGUACCCUGGGCCUGGCGGUGGCUAUGGCUUCCGACUCAGCUGUGUGGCCAGCAGGCCUGGUCUCUUCAUCUCUCAGGUGACCCUAGGAGGCUCUGCUGCCCAGGCAGGGCUGCAAACAGGAGACAUGAUUCUGGAGGUGAAUGGGUAUCCCAUGGGUGGAGAGAAUGACCAGGAAAGACUUCAGCAGCUGGCUGAGGCGAAGCCACCCCUAUGCCUGAAGUUGGCGGCCAGAUCUCAGCAGGGCUUGGAAGCCUGGAUUCCCCCAGGGUCCAGAGAGGAUGGGGUUCUGGCCUCAGAUCUGCUGUAGCACCCCAUGCUGGGCAAUGAUCUGCCCAAGCUUCCCUGUCUUCACCCUCCAGCCUGAGGUGGUGGGAGCUGAGAUGCUCUCUUUAAACCAGAAGCUGCAGCUUUAGGACUCCUGAUACCUCCAGUCACAGGAUUGUUCAAGGUCUCUCUCCCUUCCCAUGGCUCCACCUCCUGGAAGAGGGUGGGGCCAGAACCCUCAGGUGGGCCCAUGAAGGAGCUUCCCAUUUGAUUCCGGAGGAAGUCAUGUGGGGUCUUUGGGAGCUGUACCCCAGAGAUGAGGAUCUGCUUGAGAUGAGCAGUGUGAUUUUGUGAUUUAUAACAAGAAAUAUAUAUUAGGUCUUCCUAUCCUUUCCUGGCAGAGAGCUUCUAAAAUCCUUGGGAUUUCCUAAGUAAUAAGAGUGAUAAAGGUGUCUUCUGUUAUUCAUAAUAAGGCUCGUUCAAUUACAGCUAUCCUUGUUAACGAGGUACCUUUUGGAAAGCACCUAAGAAUGGGGCACUGGUUUCCAGGGGAACCGAUCAUGUGAUUAGCAAGCUGGAACUUUCAGUGCCCCACCCCCUCAGUCUCCUGGGAGGGGACAGGGGCUGGAGGUUGAAUUAAUCACCAGUGAUCAAUGGAUUGAUUAAUCAUGCCUACAUAAUGAAGUCUCCAUAGAAACCCAGAAGCACAGGUUCAGAGAGCUUUCUUUGUUGAUGAACACGUGGAGGUGCAGGGGGUUGGCACACCUGGAGAGGGUAUGGAGCUUCCGUGCUCAUACCCUACCCUGCGUAUCUCUUGCAUCUGGCUGUUCUUGAGUUGUGUCCUUUGUAAUAAAAUGGUGAUCUAGUAAGUAAA